AUGUCGAGCAACUCCCAGAACAUCAGCUUCCAAGCCGGCCAGGCCAAAGGCCAAACCCAGGAGAAGGCAAGCACCAUGAUGGACAAAGCUAGCAAUGCUGCACAAUCUGCCAAGGAGUCUCUCCAAGAGACCGGCCAGCAGAUUAAGGAGAAGGCACAAGGAGCUACCGAAUCAGUGAAGAAUGCCACCGGGCUCAACAAAUGA